AUGGUAAAAAUGUUGAAAAAGAACACGUGGACGGGAAACUACUCUGAGUACAUCACCCGAUUUACCGAUAUAGUAGCACUGGGGACACACACACCGCCCGAAGAAUUAGUGCUAUGGUUCUUUACACUAAUACCUCCCGAGAUAGGAGAAAGGAUUUCUGCUGAGGGAACUAGGAAGUUCCGCGACUGGCACGAAGCAGCAGUGGCCUUGAGAGCGUGGGCUGAACCGCUAGAGGCGUGGCGUGCUGCCAGGAUAAAAAGCCUGCAGGAAUUUAUGGCGAGCGACGACGAAGAAGCGGGGAUGGAAGGGAGCGUACUUACGAACGGGAAAACAGCCCCACCAGUGAGAAAAGGGGGGCCGGCAGAAGAGGGCAACGUUAGACGGUGCUACGAGUGCACAGGGAAGGGACACUUUGGUAGGGAAUGCCCCCUCCGCAACGGCGUACCGAGACGCUCAGGCGAGAUAUGCUCUAAAUGCGAAGGAAAGGACAACUACGCGCGAGAGUGCGUCAGGCCACCGAGGAGCCCAAGCGGGAGGCAGGCCGGGCGAGACUCAGGAACAGAUAUAGCCGUCGCGGGAUCGCGGUUAAACGGGCGGGCCUAG